AUGGGCCGUGUCGCUUGUCGCAGCCGAUCCUCUAAAGUGCUGAUCAGCGGGCUGCCUCUGCACGUUCGCUUCGACAACAUCGAGCCCCUUUUACUACAGUACGGCAACGUGCAGCAUUGCGAUAAGGCGAACGCGCGCGAUGCCAACACCCAAGCGGUGUACAUCACGUUCGAAACGCCUGAGCAGGCCCAGCAGGCGAUAAACUUGCUGAACGGGUUCGAGCUAGAAGGCAGCCGUAUGAAGGUGGAACCGGCGGAUGGUGGAGCACGGGGCGGCCGGCGUGGACGGCCGGGUGGUGGCCGCGGUGGCGGUGCCCCAGGCGCCGGCUCGAGACCUACGGACUUUCCACUGCGACUACUUGUCCAGAGCGACAUGGUCGGAGCGAUAAUAGGCCGCCAGGGCAGCACCAUUCGCCUUAUCACCCAGCAGAGCCGCGCAAGAGUGGACGUGCAUCGCAAGGAUAAUGUCGGCUCGUCGGAGAAGGCGAUAACGAUCUAUGGUAACCCGGAGAAUUGCACCAACGCUUGCAAGCGUAUCCUUGAAGUGAUGCAACAGGAGGCCAAUAACACUAACAAGGGGGAGAUUUGCUUGAAAAUCCUCGCACACAACAAUCUGAUCGGCCGGAUCAUUGGUAAAGGUGGUAACACAAUAAAACGCAUCAUGCAAGAGACUGACACAAAAAUAACUGUCUCAUCUAUCAAUGACAUCAACAGCUUUAACCUAGAACGUAUCAUCACUGUCAAGGGUUCCAUCGAAAACAUGGCGAAGGCCGAGUCACAAAUAUCUGCCAAGCUGCGGCAGAGUUACGAAAAUGAUUUGCAGGUGCUAGCUCCGCAAAGCAUUAUGUUCCCGGGUCUGCACCCGAUGGCCAUGAUGUCGACUCGCUACUGCGGCGCCCCACCACCCUUCCCACCGCCUAUUUACGCGCCCCUCAGCGGCCAGGGCGGCGCGCAGCAGGGCGCUGGUGAUUCGCAGGAGACUACCUACCUGUACAUACCGAAUAACGCCGUGGGAGCGAUAAUCGGCACCAAGGGUUCGCACAUCCGCAACAUUAUUCGCUUCAGCAACGCUUCGGUUAAAAUUGCUCCGCUAGAGCAAGACAAGGGCGAAGGAAACGCCGGAGCUGGAGCCGCCGCUGCGGCUGCUGCUCAGCAAGAGAGGAAGGUGACCAUUGUUGGCAGCCCUGAAGCGCAGUGGAAGGCACAGUACCUGAUUUUUGAGAAGAUGCGCGAGGAGGGCUUCAUGUCUGGCUCUGAUGAUGUGCGGCUCACCGUCGAAAUAGUCGUGGCUUCGUCCCAAGUUGGACGUAUUAUAGGAAAGGGUGGCCAAAAUGUCCGCGAACUGCAACGUGUCACUGGGUCGGUGAUUAAGCUUCCCGAACAAGCUCAGCCGGCAGCUGCGAUCGCUCAGGACCAUGAGACAACUGUCCACAUCGUCGGACCGUUCUACAGUGUGCAGUCUGCUCAGCGGCGUAUCCGCGCGAUGGUGGCUCAAGCGAGCGCGCCGGGUCGGCACCGCCGUGCUGCACAGCCGCCGCCUCCCCAGCAACAGUAG